GCGCUUGCUGAGUUCAGAAUUCAAGUGUUUUUCAACGUAUUAUUCCAAGAAAAUUUGACACUUUUUAACGAAGGAUCAUCGUUUUUGCCAGCAUAUUCCUGUGAUUUGGCCUUUAUCAUUCUAUACAAUUUUAUCAUCCAUGGUAGAAAACGAAACACUCCCCUUAUGUAUAAGAUUAAUGUGACCGGUUCUUUUAACCUUCACUAUUUAGGCGAUUAUUUGGGGAAACAGAUUUUGAUUACUAUUUUGAUUCGCUUUGCAAAGUGUUAGAGCAAGUAUCCAAAAAACACUGUGACAUUUAUGCAUAACAUACAAUUUUAGUACACUGCAUAAAGGCUUCAUGUCCGGCGAGCGCAAAUGAAUGAUGAGAAUACACAAUAAUGACUUCUGUAUGAAAAAUUAAACACGUAUUUGUAAAAAGACUAUAUGCAGGCGUCGUACGUAUGUACGCAAACACGUACGCAACAGCCGCAUGCACGUACGGACGUACGCAAAGCCGUAUGCACGUACGGACGCACGAGAAUCUGCAGAUCACGCAGCUGCCAAGAUUUGUACUAGUCAUCACGUUAGCUGGUUAGAUUUGGUCAUGCGACUUGUGCUCAUUAUCCCGACCCUACUGUUGCUUCUGGUGGUGCCUGUCAGCUGCGGCCGCUACGAUGAUUUUGACGAUGGUGAGGACCUGGCCGAGUUUGACGACAAUGACUUUGCCGAGUUUGAGGACAUGAGUGAGGACAGGGUGCUGGAGGAAGAGGAGGAAGAGGAGGAGGAGGAGGACUCGACCCCCAGUCCCCGGCCCACCGCCUCCGUUGGCGACGAGGAGGACGACGAGGCUGUGGUGGAGCUGGAGGACGCCCAUGAUGACUUUGAGGACGCCGAAACGCCGGAUGAAGAUAUUAAGUACGACACAGAGGAGUUUGAGGGCUUCGAAAAAACCAACCCCUCUUCCAAGGACCCCAUCAACAUCUUAACCGUCCCGGCCCACCUGCAGAACAGCUGGGAGAGCUACUACAUGGAGAUCCUCAUGGUGACGGGGCUGCUCGCUUACAUCAUGAACUACAUCAUCGGCAAGAACAAGAACCACCGCCUGGCGCAGGCUUGGUUCAACUCGCACCGAGAGCUGCUGGAGAGCAACUUCGCCCUGGUGGGUGACGACGGGACCAGCAUGGAGGCAGUGAGCACAGGGAAGCUGAACCAGGAGAAUGAACACAUCUAUAAUCUGUGGUGCUCAGGCCGUGUCUGCUGCGAGGGCAUGCUCAUCCAGCUGAAGUUUCUGAAGAGGCAGGACCUGCUGAAUGUGCUGGCCAGAAUGAUGAGGCCUGCCUGCGAUCAAGUGCAAAUAAAGGUCACCCUGAAUGAUGAGGACAUGGACACGUUUGUCUUUGCCGUGGGAAACAGGAAGGCCAUGGCGAGACUGCAGAAGGAGAUGCAGGACCUGAGCGAAUUCUGCAGUGACAAGCCCAAGUCAGGAGCAAAGUACGGGCUACCAGAAUUCCUGGCCAUCCUGUCAGAGAUGGGAGAGGUGUCAGACGGCAUGAUGGACAGCAAGAUGGUUCAUUACCUCGUCAAUCACGCCGACAAGAUUGAGUCAAUCCAUUUCUCGGACCAAUUCUCUGGUCCAAAGCUUAUGCAAGAGGAGGGCCAGCCCUUAAAGCUCCCCGAGACUAAGAAGACCUUACUGUUUACGUUUAACGUGCCUGGAAUGGGCAACACGUCCCCCAAAGACAUGGACACCCUGCUUCCUCUUAUGAACAUGGUCAUCUACAGCAUUGACAAGAUCAAGAAAUUUCGCCUCAACAGAGAGGGAAAGCUGAAAGCGGAUAAGAACCGGGCCCGCGUGGAGGAGAACUUCCUGAAGCAGACCCACGCCCAGCGGCAGGAAGCGGCGCAGACGCGCCGUGAGGAGAAGAAGCGGGCCGAGAAGGAGCGCAUCAUGAACGAGGAGGAUCCCGAGCGGCAGCGUCGCCUAGAGGAGGCGGCCCAGCGGAGGGAGCAGAAGAAGUUGGAGAAGAAGCAGAUGAAGAUGAAACAGAUCAAGGUGAAAGCCAUGUGAACGGGGGACAGGCAGUUGGCUCCAACAGCUUCCGCUGGUCCCCUUUUCAGCCUCCAGACGGCACCCCUGCCCUUUAUCAGACCCCCAGCACCCCCUCCCCUCACCCCCAGGUAGGACUCACUACGGUCCUCCACACUCUCCCAUUGGCUCGUGUCUCAUCAUCAUGGAAACAAUCAUCCUAUAGACUGCCAGAUAGGAGGACUGAGUGAGGCUCUUCCCCUCUGUGGGGGCAGGUAUAUGUGCUCUUGGGCCAGUAGGAAUAUUGGUCAGGGAGCGUGUCGGUCAGGGUGAGCCUUCUGGCCUACUCUACUCGCACUACAGCUGGGGUGUAAUAAUCGUCUGAUGAUGUUAGACCAUUGUUUAGUAACGAUGGUUCAGUUUUUAGUGUUAAUGCCAAGGUAACAUGUAAAAAAUGGACAUUCAUUCUGUACUUAUAAGUGAAAGGUAAAUAUUGUGAAAGGUAUAAAUUCUGAUAAAUAUUUAUUCUUGCUGGAAGCUUGUUUUUAAGGCAAAAUCCAUUGGCAGCUCUGUUCUCAAUAAAAAAAUAAAAUACA